AUGGUAUUAUAUUAUCCAUAUCGGAGCAAUAUGUUUAAUUUGGUGAAAUAUCAAGGUAUUUCCAGUUUGUCAAGUAGUACCAGCAGCAACAGCAGUAAUAUCAGUGACAGCGACAGCAAUAGUAGUAUCAGUAGCAGCAGCAGCAACAACAAUAAAGAUGAAGAGCUAAUAUUGGAUCCUUCAGUUACACAGUUCUCCAACCAAGUCGGAGGUCACUGCGCCAUUCUCUCGGUGAAUGGUAAGAUUUGUAAACCACUAAUACAACGUGAACUUAAUUUCUAUUUGGCUGCCUAUUUCAAUGAAGCUGUGCGUCCUUUUGUCGCCGGAUUCCACGGAGUUGUUGACAUCCUAAAGAAUCAUGAUUGCUCGGAUCUGAACAACACCAACACCGCCACCAGCAGCAAGCCCACCAACAACGAUGCUCAACUGAUGAACAUCGAUCGUUUCCAGCCAGAGACCAAUGAGAUUGUUCUAACGACCAGCACCUCACCAAUCAACAUCAAUCGACUAUCGGCACUUGCUUCGCAAUGCAGCAGCAGCAACAAUAACAGUGGUAAUCGAAGCAGAACCAGUAGCUUUGGCAGCUUCGGAAGUAGCUUUGAGCAAGACAGCUCAUUGGAUAGCUAUCACACCGCAGCCACAGCGUCACACGACUUCCUUGUGGUGCUGCCUUCCGUACAGAAAUUCAUUGCCCAGUCCAAACAAAAGAAGAAAGCUCCGAAACAUCCGGUCGGCACCGUUCAACAAUAUAUAUUGCUAGAGGACCUCACCAAGGGUUACAACCAUCCGUGUAUCGUAGAUAUCAAGGUGGGAACCAGACAGAAGGGUGCGAUCUGUGCCAGCACGACAUCGACCUCACUGGGUAUAAGAAUUUGUGGAAUGAAAAUAUUUAGUGAUAACAUAGGAGGAAAUAUUAUAUAUGAUAGAUUCUACGGAAGAUCAUUAACAGACGAGUCACUAGAAUCUACAUUAUAUCAUUUCUUUUUCCAUUCAUCAACAGACACCUCACAAAUCUAUCUUGUUGAUUGUAUUUUAGAUAAAUUAUUAAGUUUAAAAGACUCUUUAUGUGAUAAAAAUAAUCAAUUUUCAUUUAAACUUUAUUCAAGCAGUUUAUUGAUCAUCUACGAAGGUUCACCGUCUAGUAGUAAUAGUUCAAUAGAUAUGUUUUCAGGUUCAACAUCAUCAUCACAGUCUUUGGAUGAUGGUGAAAUUAGCUAUCCUUCACUCCUCGAAGAAAGUGAUGCAGAUUCUUGUAUUUCCACGUCCUCCGAUAUAGACUCGACGAUCGACUCAUCGGACAAUGAGGAUGAAAUCAACCAGAGAUUGCAACCACCUUCAUCGUCAGUAUUGAGAUCUUCAUCGUCGUCGUCGUCAUCGUCUUCUUCCAUUAGAAACGAUGUCAAGAUGAUUGAUUUCGCUCACGCCAUCAAUGUUGACGACAAGCACGAAGCGUCAGAGGAUGACGGUUAUAUAUUUGGUUUAGACAACCUCGUCAAGAUACUGGCCAACAUUAAAUUGGCUAUAUCUUCCUCCACUACAAACUCACCCACAAUCACCUCUCAAAAUAACAAUUCUAUUAUUGUCGACAGUAGUAACAACAACAGCAGCGGCAGCAGUGGUAGCCGGUUAGCAUCCAAAGUCGAAACAUUAUCACUUCAACAUCACCAAUCACCAACAACACAAUCAUCGCUGUACUACAACAAUCACCACCACAGCAAGCAACAUAUUGUCCAACAACUGGAAGGUUAUUAA